AUGGUCUCACCACAGGCAACUUGUGAAGAGGCAGCUCUCUUGAUGAGCUGUUUGAGUCCCUUUGAAAUCAUAAAUAGGCACUUGUCCAUUCUGGUGUUAAAGUGGUUCCCAAAGAAGUUAGUGGGCAUUCAGAACUUGCCAAAGAUUGUCUGCUUCCUCCUGUUGGCCAGAAAAGCACCAGUUACGACAAAGGCAGGAGGAAGCACACAGAAGUGGAACAAAAGCAGUGAUGUGGAAAUGGGACUGUCCCUUUUCACCAUGGUAAACAGGUCUCUCAAGUUGCAAACUAUUAUUGUGUACAGGUUGCCCUGGACCUGGAAGUGCAGCAAACUCCUAAUGAAGUUCAUACAUGCUGGAUUAAAUACCAUAGCUAUGAUUCUUGCGAUUGUUUCCAUGGUAGCCGUGUUCGAAUUCCACAAUGCCAGCAACAUUCCUAACAUGUACAGUCUGCACAGCUGGAUUGGGCUGACUGCUGUUAUAUUUUAUUCUCUCCAGCUUUUCUUGGGUUUCGCUGUCUUUCUGCUCCCUUUUGCUCCAGUUCCUCUCCGAGAAGCUCUCAUGCCAAUACAUGUUUAUUCGGGUCUUACCAUCUUUGCAACAGUGAUUGCAACAGCUCUCAUGGGAAUCACAGAAAAGCUUAUCUUUUCAUUGAAAAAUCCUGCAUAUAGUACAUCCCCACCAGAGGCAACUUUUGUCAACUGUCUUGGUCUUUUGCUUGUCAUAUUUGGUGCGCUUAUUUUGUGGAUGGCAAGCAGGCCACACUGGAAGCGCCCCCCAGAAGAGAAUGCUAAACUUCUGCGGCCCAUUGGAGGGACUCCUGAAGGUACAGAAGAAGAAUCCACAGUGACAGACGGUAGUAACACAGAUAAAUCUGAUAUGAGGAUCAAUAGUGAAGCAGCCAGAAAAAACCUCAAACUUGAUGAAGCAGGCCAACGAUCAACUAUGUAAAGAAAAUACACAGAUUAACAGUACUAUUAUACUGCC